GGGCGGAGUGGGAAGAAAACCCACCGAAAUGGAGGUAGCUACGGACCAGCCACGCUGGAUGGCCCAUCACGCCGUGCUGAAUGGGCAGCACCCGGAGAGUCAUCACCCGGGACUGGCUCACAACUAUAUGGAACCGGCACAGCUCCUACCUCCGGACGAAGUGGACGUCUUUUUUAACCAUCUGGACUCCCAGGGCAACCCGUACUACGCCAACUCCGCCCACGCCAGAGCCAGAGUUUCCUACAGCCAGGCACACGCCCGUCUGACCGGCGGCCAAAUGUGCCGGCCUCACUUGCUCCACAGCCCCGGCCUGCCUUGGCUGGACAGCGGCAAAGCGGCGCUCUCGGCGGCUCACCAUCACAACCCGUGGACGGUGAACCCUUUCACCAAGGGGCCCUUGCACCCUUCGGCGGCCGGCGCGCCGCCCGGCGCCAUCUCGGUUUACCCGGGAGGCAGCAGCUCCGCGUCGAGCGCCGCCUCGGCCUCCUCGCUCACGCCGGCCUCGCACUCGGGCUCCCAUCUUUUCGGCUUCCCGCCGACGCCGCCCAAGGAAGUCUCGCCGGACCCCAACGCGGGCAGCAGCGCCGCCUCGCCGGCCUCCGCUUCGGCCGGCGGCGGCGGCAGGCAAGAUGACAAGGAGCCCCUCAAGUACCAGGUGGCCCUGGCCGACGGCAUGAAGAUGGAGAGCGCCAGCCCGCUGCGCAGCAGCCUGGCCGCUUCCAUGGGCGCGCAGCCGUCCACGCACCACCCGAUCCCCACCUACCCUUCCUACGUGCCCGCCGCCCACGACUACGGCGGCAGCCUCUUCCACCCGGGCAGUUUCCUCGGGGGCCCCGCUUCUAGCUUCACCCCAAAGCAGAGGAGCAAAGCCAGGUCCUGCUCAGAAAGAAAUCCGGUUUCUUCGUGUUUCCAUUUAGAAGGCAGAGAGUGUGUCAACUGUGGAGCUACUGCUACCCCUCUCUGGAGAAGAGACGGUACCGGGCAUUACCUGUGUAACGCCUGCGGGCUGUACCACAAAAUGAACGGUCAAAAUCGACCUCUCAUUAAACCUAAGCGGAGACUGUCAGCUGCUAGGAGAGCAGGAACCUGUUGUGCUAACUGCCAAACCACCACCACCACUUUAUGGCGACGUAAUGCCAAUGGGGAUCCAGUUUGUAAUGCCUGUGGACUGUAUUACAAAUUGCACAAUGUGAACAGACCGCUGACCAUGAAGAAGGAAGGGAUUCAGACCAGAAAUAGGAAAAUGUCCAACAAAUCCAAGAAGAGCAAGAAAGGCUCUGAAUGUUUUGAGGAACUGUCUAAAUGCAUGCAGGAGAAGUCCUCGCCUUUCAGUGCUGCUGCCCUGGCUAGUCACAUGGCACCAAUGGGCCACUUGCCACCUUUCAGCCACUCUGGACAUAUCCUCCCAACUCCUACCCCCAUUCACCCAUCUUCCAGCAUCUCAUUUGGGCAUCCACAUCCAUCCAGCAUGGUCACAGCUAUGGGAUAGAGUUUAAUGACUCUCACGGACUUCCAGAACUGGGCUUGGCCUAAGAGGACAGGAAGGAAAGACUUUGCCCAGGAAAGAGACUAUAAGGAAGGAAGGAAGGAAAGUAAAAGGGGAUUUUGUUCCAGUAGAAUUCAACUCCUAGUGCUAAAUGGAAACUUUGCAAUGAUGGGUCUUCGGCAGAAAUGCUAAAUGGUGCCUGUUAUGCACUUUGCUCCCUCAGGUAAAAGGAGAAAGAGGAACUCAUCUGUUUGAUACGAUACCUGCUUGUCCCAGUGGAAAGGAAAGGUGGCCAAAGUAGUGAAAGAAACUAGAGCCAGCUUUCCUUUCCCUUUGUUCAUUACUGUGAAUAUUGUAAAGCGAUUAACCAUCUCCUGAAGCAGAGGAAGUUCAGUAGUAGCCACACUUGCUGGAUUUCUACCAUGGAUUGUGUUUUGUGGGGAGGAAAAAUGGACAACUUUAUUAAAAAAAUCUACUUUUUAAGGAACCAGUCACAUAAAAACAAUAAUUAUUUAUUUUGCUCUUGUGCUCCAGAAAGAGCUUCAAAACUCUUGCAUGAAUUUAUGGAUCUUUUAUUUUUAUUUUGUUUAAAGAAACAUGCAACCUAGUAGAAAACAGUUUUUCUAAUUAUUAUUAAUUUUUUAUUGCUUAAUGGCCACAUUUUUGUUUCUCUUCAUUGCUGUUACUUUUUUUAAAAAAGAAAACUACUAGGAAGAGGAUGUGUGUGAGAGAGGGAAGCUGUUGGCUUUAUCAUUGAUUACAAAUAGCCUCAGGCAUGGAUUAUUCAGACGUAAUUUCUGCAGUCUCUUUCUCAUUGUGAAUAUCUUGACAUGAAAGUGUGGCAUUCUACAAGGGAGCAGAUACACUGGACAAAUGGCUGAAAGGUUUUCCACAGGGAACAAUCUUGCUGUGGCUGGAGAGUAAAAUAAAGGGAAUCUGAAUGUCUUUCUCACCAUAUUUUUUUAAAAGAAGAUAUGUGUGGACAGCUAGUGGGCUGAUAAGGGGCAUUCCCACCUCAAACCAUUUAGCCUGUCCUAAGGGCCUCUUCUUUGCUCUCUCGAUUGCAAGUCAGCAUAGACAUCAGGUAGCUUCUCAUAACUUAUUUCAUUGCCUUAGCCCAGACUUCCCCAGCUUGGUGUCCUCUCCCCAGUUACAGUCCUACAGUUACUGUCUCCUCAAUCAGUACGACUCAUGACCAUUCCUUUGGAGAGCAGGGACAUCCCAAGACAUCUCACUGCCAAAAGCUGUGAGGAGAUUAUCCUCCACCCUAUUUAAUGCAGAGGAGCUGAAUGAAUCAGGAGGUGGUCCUUAAUAAUGUGGGCUCCCCAACUGUCCAGCUCCUUUCAUGGCUCAGUCUGCUGGGUUGAAAAUCUUCAAUAAUAUCUUGCAUUAAGACUCACAGUUUCUCUUCUGAGGCAUUUCUCCCAUUCAGGUUUAUGAUGAUUACCUGUAUUAUGCAAAGACAGAUUGACAAGGUAGUGAACUGCCUUACAACAGACCCGCCAACCCAUGGUGGCCAUUGCAGCAGCUAUAUUCUGCAGCAGCUGUCUUCUGCUACUUUUCCUUUUUCUUCUGUAAGAUUGUUUAACGAGAGGUGUCAAGUACCGAACCUAUGAAACUUUUGACGAACAAAACAUCUAUGCUGCUAGGUAACCAUGGCCCAUUUAGGAUAAUGUUUCUUAACCUUUAAACAUAUCUUUAAGGUUUGUAGACCAACCCCCAGAAUUCCCAAGCCAACUUGUUGGGGAAUUUGGGGGAGUUGAAGACUAUAUAUCUUAAAGUGCCAAAGUUGAGAAACAUUGCUCUAGAGGACUAUAUUCUUAGAUUCAAGAUGUAAUUUCAGUUCAUGGCAGGAGAAGGAAAACUCUUUUAAGAUGAACAUCCUGAAAGAUGCCCUCGUGAUGGUUCAGUUUAAUCUGUUUUCUUAAGAAGUUUGCCCAAGACACAUAGAGUUCAUCUCAUACUAUCUUAUUAUAACACUUUGGCCAAGCAAAGAUGGAAUUUGCCACCUGUAGACACAGAUGUUGUGACAAAUGCUCUGCUUGACUAAAAAGCAAAUAAGUAAAUGAAGAUCUGAAGACAGGAAGGGAAAAAAGAGAUAUUUUCAACUCUUUCUGAUAGAUCAGAUGUAGCAACAUCAAAGAAAGUGAUCUGCUCAUGGAGAAAAUGGGGUAUAUGAUUUCCUAUAGCAUAUAUAUAAAUAUAUGUAGAUAGAUAGAUUUGUUUUUAAAGAAAAUCACAAGUGUCCAGAAACAAAGUUGUCUCCCAUUCUGAAACCAUACUGUACGUAAACAGCUGAAGAAUAAAACUCUUGCCAGUGUGAAAUGUAUUCUAUUGAUUGUUAUGAUCUGAUGACUUUCAUGAUCACAAGGUCCAAUAUAACAUAUGAUGUACAUAUGUAGCUAUAUUUCUGAUGGAAAAAAAUGACCCCAAUUAACAAAGGGGAUUGAUAAUGUAAAUCGCAUAAAGCUAACUCUGUGGCAGGUUUUUAAAUGUAUUUUUCCCCACUUUUUUUUCAAGUCAAGCCCAACUUGUAUCUUUAACUGCAAAAGUCUGCUUUAAAAAAAAUCCAGGUGUACAUUGUUUUUUGCUUCCUCCUAAGUCUGUAAUUCAGUUUUUGGUACAAAGGACCAAGCAUUCCGAGCAAAUGCCUUUUCUCAUUGUUUUGGUUUCUAUAGGCAUAAUGUAGUUGCACUUUGUGAAGAAAUAGAAAUGGCAGAAUGCCCCCCACCACCACAGAAAACCCCCACAAGAAACUCCCCAGAACAAAAACUGAAAGGAAAUCCACAUGGGAUAAAUAUUAAUUUCUGUUAGCCAAGACAGAAAUUAUUUACUCCUUUUUCUUGAUUUGGGUGCAUGUGUGUGUGUGUGUGUGUAUGUGAGGAAAGGGGAUUUUUAAUGUAUAUGGUACAGUUAUCCACCUUUUGCAGUAACCAGUUCAAAUUCUGUGAGGGUCAGAAGUGGGUGGGAGUGGCUGGGUGAGAGAAUGAGGGAGAUAAUAAUGCUAGGAAACAAAUCCACCCAGUGCCACUGCUGCCCUGUCAAAGGCAAGGCCUACUCAUGCCCUCCUUUUAGGAAGACUGAGGCUGCACACCCCAAAUGCUUGCUGGACCGAGUCCAAGGUUGACAAAGUGCAAUAGAUUGUCAGUCACUGCAGCAUAAAAGUACCACAGUCAGGAUUUAAAUUAUUUUGUACUUAAUAUCAGCAUAAAGAUUUGGCAGUAUUUUCUGGUUUUGUAAAAAAAAAAAAAUUGGCUUAAGUUUUGGAUUAGUGAACUAAGUUAUUGUUAAUUAUGUACAACAUGUUUAUAUAUUGUCUGUAAAAAAUGUAUGCAUCCCUCAUAUUCCUUCAAGGUGAAUACUGCUAAGAAUAAUAAUAACAAUAAUAA